AUGAUAUGGAGUCGCUUCAUAGAUAUUUUCUUCGAGCGGUACUUUCUCGCUUCGGUCAGGAGCGCGAAGGCAUUAGAGUUUCUGUAUCUUACACAUGGGUUUAUGAUGGUGCAGCAGUAUACAGUAAGGUUUGUUGAGCUGUCUCGGUUCGCUCCGUAUAUGGUUUUAGAUAAGGAGAGGAAGGCGAGGAAGUUUGAAGAGGGCUUGAGGCAGAACCUGCAUGAGCAUGUGGUAGGUUUUCGAGCUCAAACCUUCUCGGAGAUAGUGGACAGAGCUGCGGUGAUUGAGAGCAACAUACAAAGAGGCGCAGCAGCCCAGAGCCAGAGGAAGAGGCCCUCGUCUUCUGAUUAUCAGGCAGGGCCCAAUCGAGGACCGUGGAGGAGAUGUGAUACCAGGGGAAGACGACGACAGGGGGGAGGAAAGCGAGCAGUAUAG